AGAGCUUCAGCACGGAUGCCCAAAGAGCUUCGUAAACGAGGCAAGAAAAAGAAGGCACAACAAGCUGAACAACCCGAACAUGUUCCUCAGCAACCUCAGAAAGUAGAACCGUCUUGGAUUGUCCAACCCAAGGAAGAGACAACUCAAAACGACACUGAAGCACCGUUUGGCUACGUCGACGUCGACGUCAAGGCCUACUUUCGCACUGUUGAUAUCCAAAUACGGGCCUGGCAGGAUGCUGCGAGAGACCUUGAAGAUGACGGACAAAGCGAUCCCAACGAAGAAAGAAGAAUGUUCUUCGUUGCUGCGCUGAAGGAAAUGGCCGGCAAAGAAAAGCAGCUCUCAACAGAUCCGGAUUGCUCAAUUAUUUUGGAGCGAAUGCUAUAUUCCAUGGAUGAUUUUGUCCGUCGCGUCUUCGUUGAUAGUUUGGCGGGAUCCUAUGAUGUUCUUGUCAAGCAUCGCUUCGCCUCGCAUGUUUGCCAGACCCUCUUCACGGUUGCAGGCCAAACCAUAGCCAGAGAACAACGGGGUAUACUUCCGGUCAUUGCCACAAGUGAAGAUAGCGGUGAACUCAGAACCAUGACCGAACUGAUCGUGGAUGUUUGCGAGGAACUUUUUGCGGUGUCCACUGUUCUGGUGAUGGAUGCAUUCGGCUCUCAUGUUAUGCGCGCCCUUCUUCUUCUGCUCUCCCCCACUCUGGCCGCAAAGCAAGAAGCAGGUCGAGGCGACGUCCGUUCCAAAAAGAGUGCAAAAUGGAAAGCCCGACAAGGACCCCUCAAGUCUGUUUUUGAAGAGGCUUCAAAUGAGGACUCCAUAGCCUAUAGUCAGCCAGCCGCCUUCAAAAGCUCUGUGCAGAGAUUUUUGCAUGCCGUGCGGCAGGGAUUGGAUCCGAACGAGACCAGAGCUUUAGCGGCAAACAAAGUUGCCAGCCCUACACUGCAGAUUCUCCUCGCCGUCGAGUCCGAACAGCAAAUGACGGAAGAAGAGGACUCUCUCAUGGACAGAGUCCUCGUUGGUCUGGUAUCUUCCUCACGAAACAAGGCAAACUCUGACUUCCCCGUCUCUGAUUAUAUCACAACCCUGCUUCGCGACCCGACAUCCUCACAUCUACUCGAAACUAUUGUGACGGAGUGCCCUGCUAAUGCCUUCUCCAAUCUUUGGGCCAUCUAUUUCCGAGGGGCAUUACCCAAGAUUGCAAGCCAUCCUGUCGCCAACUUCGUUUUAGCCAAAGCGUUCGAACGCGUUGACGUCGCUCAGCUUGUCGGGAUUUUUACAGAGCUUAAAAAUGUCUGGGAAAAAAUGAUACAAACCUCAAGAACCGGUGUUUUGAGAGCUGUCAUCGACCGUGCAGCAGCGUUGAAAUCAUGCGGACCCGAAGUUACUGAGGCUGUUUGGGCGUCGAUUCGAGCAACAACUGCGGAUGGCAAAAAACUGCUUGUGCCUUGUAUGCUCCGAUUGCAAACAGUUCAGGACUAUGAGAAACUUGGUCAACAGGAGGGUGACCAGAAACGCAAACGCGAAUCUGAUGACGAUGCUCGGCAACCAAAAGUUCAAGGAGCAGUCCUUUUACAAUCCCUUCUAAGAAUGCCUGAACCGUUCAACGACUUGGUCAUUCAAAGCCUACAGAAUUUCUCGAUGGAAGAGGUGCUGGCACUUGCAAAGCACCCCAUUUCAUCUCGCGUCCUAGACGCUCUCCUUGAUUCUUCAACUGUCCCGACGAAAGCCAAACGUCAAUUUGUGCAAUCAUUAAUAGGCCAUUAUCACACUCUCGUGGACGACCGCAUAGGCAGUCGGGUUGGGGACCGAUGUUGGGCCUUCUCCGAUACCUAUCUCAAGGAGAAAAUUGCAAGAUCCCUGAUCUCGCAGGAAUCAUUUCUUGCUGCCUCAUAUUACGGGAAAUUCUUCGCCAGGAAUCUCAACCUUUACCUUCUUCAACGAAGACCUGACGAAUGGCGAACUGCACAAGCGAAUCGAACCAAGUUCGCAUCAGCCACUGAGGUCAAGCAAGAUGCGAAUCACACUCGGUCAGAGCUGCCUCUAACCAAAAAGCGGAAGCGAGAUGCCAAUCGAGCCAAGGACGAAAUCGACGAGCUUUUCGCCGGUGCACUUGGUAAAAAGGUCAAAAGAACUGCAUUGGAGGGUCUUCAAGAAACAGACACAUCCACAUUACUGGACUCUGGACUUGCUGAUGUUAUGGGGGCAAUCAAGGCAGCACCUAGCGAAGGCAAGAAGCAGCGGAAAGGUCGUUCAUAG